AUGGGUCGGAUCGCGCUGGUGGUUCUGUCGGUCAUCCGCGCCUUUGCCAAGAAGGGCGACCUCGAGGGGGCGUGGGGCUGGCUGCAGCGCAUGGUCGCGGCGGGGUGCACCCCGAACGAGCAGAGCUACAGCCUCUUCGUCGGCGCGGCGAUCAAGGCUGGCGACAUCACAGAGGCGGAGGCAUGGAUGGAGAGGAUGGACAACGCGCGCGUGGAGCCCACGGCCCUCUCGUACAUGAUGAUGAUCAACGGGUGUGCCAGGCUGAGCAGCGUCGCGCGCGCGGAGCACUGGCUGAGGCGGAUGGCCGCCGCAGGGUUCCAGCCCGACAUCGCGUGCUACAACUCCUUGAUUCACGCAUGCAGUUCCCAGUAUGACGUGGACCUGGCGGAGCGCUGGUUUCAG